AUGAAAUCCGCAAACAACUGCGAACAGAUAUCCGGCUAUGAACCUUACGAGUUCAGAUCCGGCAAUCCGAUGGGAAAAGGGUGGGAAGGUGCUGUCAUAUGUGCGCGUUCAUUUCCUGUCAAAUGGAAAAAUAUUUCAAAACAGUUCAGACAGCAAGUAAUGGAGAAUAAAUAA